CUGGCAGCAGCUCCUUGGCUUCCCCAGACUCUUUUCUUGCUCGCUCUUCACCUUCCCCUCGCAGCCCUUUGGUCGCCCCUGUUAUCUCCUGUUACCCCCAUCCCGCUGCAGCUCACCCCAAAGUAUCACUAAUUCCCUAAAUCCCCUCCCAAAAACUGAUUCUGGGGACUUGGCACCCCCUGAGGUACUAGCCCCCACCCUGGGCCUGGUGCAGGAAGGCAGCUGCUGUUUUGCACCAUUUCUCUGAAAUUUGGACCCAUAAGUAGCACAGAAGAUGUCAGACUGAGGAUACAAAGUGCAUUGGUUUUGAACUCCAAAAAUUUAUUACAUGGAGUGGAGGGGGAGGGUUGAAGAAAUCAUUGACCUUUUGGGGAAGCAUUAGAGUUCUGGAGAGGUUUGUGUGAUGCUCUCUAAAUCCCUCCUGUUAUCCCCCCAAAAGCCUGAAAAAACAAACAAAUGGGAUUAAAACAGGCACCCGGCUGUGUUCGGGGGAUGGGGCAGGGGUUGCAUCCUGGACCCGCAGCCAGAUUUUCCCCCAAAAUUUCACCCCACAGUGCCUUUUCAAGGCUGAGCUUCAUGGCUGUUGGGGAGGGCGGAUGGACGGAUGCUGCAUACCAAUAGGUCCCGUGACUUUCGAGCUUGUUUAAACCCUUUCUUGCUCUGCUCGCCUCCCUCCUCGCCUUCCCCAGCUGAUUUCCCCUGUUCAGUCUGGUAUUUGUUCACCUCUGAGUGAUGCCAUCAGAGACUCAUGAAGUCCCCAAAUUGGUGGAGAUAGGAGUUUUGGGGAGUAAACCCAUUAUUUAUUUAUGUAUUUAUUUGUUUUUCUCUGAAGAACAGUUUUGUAAGUUGUUUGUUGUUUGCUUUGAGCUCAGCUAGUUUACAUUUUCCCGUGGGGUGAUGGGGACUGGUGGGUACCCUUGAAACCGGGACAUGGGGACUCAGUCCCCUUCACUGUGGCUGUGCACAGAGGGAGGAGUGUUGGCUGGACAAGAGCAUCCUCUACAGCUGGGGGUGUGACGCAAAAAUUUCAUCCCUGUGCAUGCAUCUUUGCCACGAGUUGCAUCAGACCUGCAGUGCACUUUGCAAGGGCUGCAUCAACUCCACUGUGCGUUUGGAAAGAGUUUCAUCAACCCUAAAGCAACCAAUGCAUCAACUCCUUCCAAUGCAUUUUGCAGAGAGCUGCUUCAACCCUUGCAAUGCACUUUUUUGAGGCAAUGCAUGCUUUUUUAAAAAACUCCAUGCAAACAUUGGGGGUGCUGCAGUGGAGGGCUUCUUGGGAUGCUUGCCGCAGCUCCGGGAGGGGAUUUCCCCUUCUUCGGAGAGCCGGGACGCGGCGCCCGCUGUCUCCCCACAUCCCCAGGUCUGCUGGCGGGGGUGAACAUCACCAGCCCGUCGGCACUGGUGCGCGGCACGGCAGGCAAAGCGGCGCUGCUGUCAGUGCGCUACGCCAGCGCCAGCCCCGACAAACCGGUGGUGAAGUGGCAGCUGAAGCGGGACAAACCCGUCACCGUCGUCCAGUCCAUCGGCACCGAGAUCAUCGGCAACCUGCGGCCCGACUACCGAGACCGCAUCCGUGUGCUGGAGAACGGCUCGCUGCUCAUCAGCCCGCUGCAGCUGGCCGACGAGGGCAGCUAUGAGGUGGAGGUUUCCAUCACCGAUGACACCUUCACUGGCGAGAAGACCAUCAACCUCACUGUGGACAUCCCCAUCUCAAAGCCACAAGUGUUGGUGGCCUCCUCAACAGUGCUAGAGCUCAGCGAGUUCUUCACCCUCAACUGCUCACACGAGAACGGCACCAAGCCCACCUACACCUGGCUGAAGGAUGGGCGGCCGCUGAACAACGACUCCCGCCUCCUCCUCUCCCCUGACCAGAAGAUCCUCACCAUCACCCGUGUCCUCAUGGCAGAUGAUGAUGUCUACAGCUGCCUGGUGGAGAACCCCAUCAGCCAGGGCCGCAGUGUCCCUGUGAAGCUCACUGUCUACCGCCGGAGUUCCCUUUACAUCAUCCUCUCUACGGGUGGCAUCUUCCUGCUCGUAACUCUGGUGACUGUUUGUGCCUGCUGGAAACCUUCCAAGAAACCGAAGCAGCAAGCAGAGCCACCUCCCCCUGACUACACAGAACAGGACGAGGAGCACCCCAAGCAUGAGGCUGACACCAUCCCGCGUGGUGCCGACCAUGAUCGCAAGACCCCCCUGGCCCUCUACAUCCUCAAGGAGCAGGACACUGCAGCACCUCAGGAGGAUUCAUCACCACCCGCUGGCCGCUCACCAGGACGCGGGGCUCGCCGCUACCAUCGCUCACCUGCUCCAGCCCGGCCACCCCGCUCACCCCCCGGCUCCCCGGCGCGAUCCCGCUCUGCUGCGCGCCUGCUGCGGGCCACCGGGGUCCCUGCCAUCCGUGAACAGGAGGAAGGCAGCGCCCUGGAGAUCAGUGCCUGAGCUAGCGGUGGUGCUGGGGAACACGUGCAUGGCUCGGCCUGGCCCAGGCGUGGAGGGGUGACACAGGGCACGGUGGAAAGUCACUAAUUUGGUAUUGAACUUCGCCGGAGCUGCACCCUUCCACCCUGCUGGGGUGCUGGGGUGUUGCUGUAGUGGCCAUGGGGCCGGGUGUGGUGCGCAUGGGGAGCACACACACACAUGCAUGGGACGUACAUGGAGCAUGCACAGAGAGCCCACACCGUCUGCAGAGAAAGUGAGCAUGUGGAGUGAGUGUGCACAGAGCAUGCACAAACAUGCAGUGUGCAAAGAGAGCAUGCAGGAGUGUAUGCAGGAGAAUGCUGAGAGAUGGUGCAUGAAAUAUAUGGAGAGAGCAUGCAGAUAGUGUGCACAGAGCCUGCAAGAGAACGUGCAUGGACUGUGUGGAGAGAGCAGCCUGGAGUAUGGAGAGAGGGCAUGUACAGAAGAUGCAAGAGAGCAUGCACAAAAGCGUAUAGACAGAGCAUGCACACAGCGUGCAAAGGUAGCAUGCAAGAGCGCAUAAAUAAAACAUGUCAAAAGCAUGUCAAGAGAGAGUGCACCAAGCAUGCAGCUGAGACCAAACAGACUGCACAGCAGAAGUACUUAUGUGGAAUGUGUGCAUGGCAUGUGCAUGGACCAUGCAGGUAAGUGUGCAAUUUGCAGAGAGCGUGCCAGCAUACUCCAAAUGUGCAUGGAGCGUGUAGAGAGCAUGAGUGUUCAGAGAGCAUGCAUGGGGCAUGUGGAAGGAGCGUGCAUGGAGUGUGGGAGAAGAACGUGCACAGAGCAUGCACAUGUUACGCACGUGCAAGAGCACUGUGCACGUGACCACAACCCCAUGCAUGCAGUUGGUGUGCAGGCUCCCAUGCGCACGCACACCCACACACACCGGUGGAAAGGCCCCCCAGCCCUCUGGCUGCACUGUACCCAAACACCCAGCAGUGAGCAGUGCCCUUGCAGCCACCAGCCACCCUCUGCUGCCUCUGGAUUUUCUGUGAAAAUCAGCUGUUUUUCAGCGCACCCACAUGCAUUGCUGCAGGAUUCCCCAGGAGUAGGUUUAGGACAGAGCCGAAGGGCCGGGGCGCCAGAGCAGGUGCUGGGGCAGCCCGCGGUGCUCAGCGUGAGCAAGCACUCGUGGACGCUACUAACCAAUAAACUCCAUGUGUUACCCAGCUCCAAGGUGCUUGGUGUGUU